CCCAACUCAAUACGGAAUCGUGAAAUUCAUUUUCGUUCCGGUCAGGUGCAGAGAGUUCUGGAACAUCCAAUUUGCAUUAGGAGAAACGUUCGUCGGGGUAUAACGAUAUGUCUUACUCAAGAAGGUCAAGAUACUCUCCUUCAGUAUCGCCUUAUGACAAGCAUCGUGGAAGGUCUGUCUCAAGGUCCUUGUCUAGAAGCCGGUCGAGGAGUAUCUCAAGCGAUGCUGAGAAUCCUGGUAACAGUUUAUAUGUAACUGGAUUGUCUCACCGGGUAACUGAAAGAGAUCUCGAGGAUCAUUUCUCUAAAGAAGGAAAGGUAACUGAUGUUCACCUUGUCCUGGACCCAUGGACUAGAGAAUCUCGCGGUUUUGGUUUUAUCUCGUUGGAAACUGUUGGUGAUGCCAACCGCUGCAUCAGAUAUUUAGAUCACUCUGUUCUCCUGGGCCGCGUCAUUAAAGUUGAGAAGGCAAGACGUGGUAGAGGACGUACUCCAACUCCUGGAAAGUACUUGGGGCUGAGAACCACUCGAGGACGCCAUAGGUCUCCUAGCUACUCUCACGGCAGGUCUGUUAGCUGCUCUCGUAGUCGAAGUCGAAGCUACUCAUCUGAUCGGAGCAGAUCUUUUUCUCCAAGCUAUCGGCUGAGAGAAAGAUCACCUUCGUACUCACCUUACUAUAGGCGAGGCAGAUCUUACUCUCGUUCCAGAUCUCCAUCACCUGAUGAUCGCUACUACAGGAGACGCGACAGAUCAUACUCACCCUACUACAGGCGGAGGGAGAGGUCCAGGUCCAGGUCCAGGUCGUACUCGCCACGAUACAGAGCACGUGACAGAUCAUACUCACCCUACUGGAGGGGAAGAGACCGGUCUUUUUCGCCUUACUACCGAGGGAGAGACAGGUCCUACUCACCUGAAAGUCGUCACUACAGAAGGUACAGGUCAGUGUCGAGCAGCGUUAGCCCUCUGAGGAGAAGCAAAUCACGGAGCUUAUCCCCGAAGAAGAGAAGGAAAGGGAGCAGAAGUAAGUCUCGCAGGCGCGACAGUCAAUCUUCAAUGAGCCAUUCGAGGAGUGCAAGGUCAAGCACCUCCAGAUCCGUCAGCCCAUAACACUCUCUGCUUACUUGUUGUUGACAUCAAUCACUCAAUUCACUUUUGAUGUUGUAGUAAAUAAUUUGGAUUUACCUAGAUUUGGGAAUGAUGUCAGAAUAGAGUCCGUAUGUUGUGUUGGUUUGGUUUUGAUGUUAGAAUAUGUAUCAUGAGUUACAUGGCACCGUUUCUUAGCCUGAUUGAGUCAGUCACCUUAAUAAAUUUCCAAAAAGUCUGACUUAUUGAUCCCUAAA